AUGAUGCGGACGCUUCUCACACUGCUCCCUUUGUGGCCAGGCCUGGCAGCGGACGUUUGUGUGGAUGACUCCUGCAAGGAUGAGCCACCAGCACACGAGAUGCUGUUCAUCCACAUUCCGUACAACUUUGGAUAUACUGUUGGGGUGGCAGCCCUUUUCGGCCAUAAGGUUACCUCAACUUGGUCGGUACCGGAGGCCUGGAGACGUUCCGAGGAGCUUUUCGGCGACAAGGGCGCCCAGGUGGAAGGGUCCUCCGCUGUGUGGUUUCAUGCUCGCCCGUCGCCGGACGUGGUGAAGCAAGCCAUGGCGGACAACCCGGAGGCGAAGCUUUGGGGAGGUGUGGCACCAGAACUGCAACAGCUCUCGGAAGUGACGGGCUGCCCCAUGUACUUCACACCACCGAAGUACUGGCCCGGAGAUCUGGCGAAGUCGUACAUUUCUGGGAAGAAGGUCUUUGGCAUACUGCGCAAUCCCUACGAGCGCCUUAUCGCGAUGUUCCGUGGUGGCUACUCUCAGUAUGGCGGAUUUCCACCCCACUUUCACAAGGUUUGCCACGUGAACGGUGCACUCAAGUGGCUAAUGCAUAGUCUCAUGAACGGCACAGUUGGGAAGUAUGCCAGCCAAUGCACCUUCAUUCCUCAAGCAGAGUAUUUCGAGGGUCCCUAUGGCAUUCAGAUCGCAGUGGACAACUUGUAUUUUCCUCAGAGUCUCAACAGGAUGCUCACUUACAAUGGCCUUCAGUCAGCGCUGGUCGAGCAGAAUGUGAUUCUUCAGAUAACAGGUUGCAACAAUGUUUGGGCAGCCGACCUGGAUGCAGACACGAAAGACCUGGUAUACCGAUACUUUAAGGCAGAUUUUGAUAUGCUGUGUCAGCGCUUUGGCUACUGUGAUCACCGCGCCAACACAUGCUUGCCCCAAGUUCCAGGCAUGUGUCCAGACAAAGCCUUCGCUUGGAACGAGGUUUUGAAGCAAUAUGUGCCCAGCGACAUUGACUGCUGCUUCUCGUUCUCCCUUUCGUGUUACAGGAUCAAGGGUUUGAAACCAGCUCCCGCAGUCCUCCUGUUCCAAGGCACUUUGAUGUCGCAGCCUCAUCAUCAUGGUCGCUUCGACGUAGUGAUCAUCGGCUCCGGCUUCACGGGAUUGGGUGUGGCCGCAGUCUUCCACAAGAAAGAUCCCAGCCUGCGGAUUGUCUUGGUUUCCCGUGAGGAGAAACCUGGGGGCAUCUGGACUGAAGCUGCCAACACCGUGAAGCUUCACCAACAGACCUACUUCUAUGCGCUACCCAACAUCCUCCAUGAUGAUGCCGAGUGUCACAAGAGCUCCGUCCACCAGGCAAUGAGCUACCAGGUCAGAACCUAUGCUGAGAAGGUGGCGCACACCCUUGGCUGCGUGCUGAUCAAGGGCGAGGUGGUGGGGGUGGCUUUGGACGGAACCCAACGAGUGGUCCAGUAUCGGUCCGAGGGCGAUCUCAAGAGCGUCCAGGGCGACCAUGUCGUCCAAGCCACGGGCUUCGACAACUACUCAGGUGUUCCGCGGCUACUUGGGCUGCCUCUGGAGGUGCACUCCAGCGCCCUCAACAAGGUCACCGAGAGCCUGCGGGGGAAGCGCUGUCUAGUGAUCGGCAGCGGUAAGUCCACUAUCGAUGCUGCAAAGUUCUUGAUCCAGGAAGGCAACACGGUACGGUUUAUUUACCGUAGUGCCUGUGCCUAUGUCCGAUGGGGCUUCAACAGCCCGCUUAGCAGCAUCCUGCAGUGGCUCCAUCCGUUUAUCCAUUUCACGAUGCUUGACGAGAGCGUGACGCCAGAAGACUGGAAGUAUGACUAUUCGCAGGACCUCGAUUCCUUGGAUUGGUACAUUGUAGGAGAUCCCAGGACAUGUCAGCAGGUGCGUGAGAAGACCCGCGGAGGCAUCAUCCCGCUCCGCGACUUUCUGCUGAUGAAUCUCCUGCUGCACGGAUAUGGGAUCUGCGGUGAUGCCAGCCAGAUGGAGUUCCGCAAGGAUGCCGAUGGCCUGGUGAGCUGCAGUGCUUUCCCCGGCGAGAAGUUCGAUCAAGUGGUAUCCUGCACGGGCUACAGCGGUUCAAAGAAUCUCUUUCCAUACUGCCUUAGUGCAGUGACUCCAAUCACUGACCUGCACGUGCACAAUGCAUGGAUGACAGGACACUUGUUGUACAACAUUAUGAACGACCCGGAAAAGGUGGCGAGCUGGAAUGCCCUCGCCAGCCACAAACACCCUUUCCCCUGGCAUGGGCACUAUGCCAAAGUGCGACAGUGGUGCGCUCUGCACGUCGACGAAGUCAUCACCACGGCCAAGGAAGAGAUCGACCUGGCCAUGCGAAAGGCCUCAGAGCUGCCUCCCGAAGCCCUUAGAAUCAGCAGCCACCGACUCCUCGCCGUCAACGCCUUGACGCGGCUCGAGCAGCUGUUAGUCUCCUCCUGCAAGCUCUGUGUAACGGCUAUGUGGCGCUUCGCUCCGUCGCUGCUGAGCCGCGGCUUGCUGGCGCUCUGCUGGGGCCACCAUGACCCCCACGAUACCGCUUGCAAAAGUUGA